AGGGGGUAAGGUAAUGAUGAAUAAUGGUGGUGCUAUAAAGCAUGAGAGUAAGAAAUUGUUUGUUCCCCACCGUCUUUCUCCGUGAUUCCCGCAUCUCCGUCUUUCUUUCUUUCUUUCUAAAUUCCGGCGGGCGGAUUCUCCCCAUGCCUCUUCUUCUACUUUGGUGAUAAUAACUAUAUUAAUAAUUACGAUGAAAGCUCCUCCAAAGCCCACUUCAGGAGAACAACAAGGUGCAGCAGCAGCAGCAAGGAAGGUAAUGAAUUCCGAGCUAUGGCAUGCCUGUGCUGGCCCUAUGGUCUCAUUGCCUCCUGUCGGAAGUCUCGUCGUCUACUUUCCCCAAGGUCACAGCGAGCAGGUUGCUGCCUCUAUGCACAAGAAGGACACACAAAACAUUCCUAGCUAUCCCAAUCUUCCUUCUAAGCUCAUCUGCAUGCUUCAUAAUGUCACAUUACAUGCUGAUUCCGAAACCGAUGAGGUGUAUGCGCAGAUGACUCUUCAACCUGUAACUAAAUAUGACCAGGAAGCAUUACUUAUAUCCGACAUGGGUCUUAAGCAAAACAAGCAGCCUGGUGAGUUCUUCUGCAAAACUCUUACGGCUAGUGACACCAGCACCCACGGUGGAUUCUCUGUUCCUCGUCGAGCUGCUGAAAAGAUUUUCCCACCUCUGGAUUUCUCAAUGCAACCGCCAGCUCAGGAGUUGGUAGCUAGAGAUUUGCAUGAUCAGUCUUGGACUUUCAGGCAUAUUUAUCGAGGGCAACCCAAGAGGCAUUUACUGACCACAGGAUGGAGUGUUUUUGUGAGCUCUAAAAGGCUUUUUGCUGGCGAUGCUGUCCUUUUCGUAAGGUAUGAACAAAAUUAUUAUUACUUUACAUUCGUCCUUCUCGUUGAGUUGUCACCUAAUCAGCGGAGGAUUUGUAGAGAUGAGAAAUCACAGCUUCUGUUGGGAGUUAGACGUGCUAACAGACAACAGUCUGCUCUCUCAUCAUCAGUUAUUUCCAGUGACAGCAUGCAUAUCGGAAUCCUUGCUGCCGCUGCUCAUGCUGCUGCAAAUAACAGCCCCUUCACAAUUUAUUACAAUCCUAGGGCGAGUCCUGCUGAGUUUGUGGUACCCCUAGCCAAGUACAAUAAAGCAAUGUAUAGUCAAGUUUCAUUGGGCAUGCGGUUCAGAAUGAUGUUUGAGACUGAAGAGUCAGGGGUGCGUCGAUACAUGGGAACUGUAACUGGCAUCAGUGAUUUAGAUCCAGUCAGGUGGAAGAAUUCACAAUGGCGCAGUCUUCAGGUGGGAUGGGAUGAAUCAGCCGCUGGUGAGCGUCCCAGUCGGGUUUCAAUAUGGGAAAUUGAGCCUGUUGUAACUCCAUUUUAUAUGUGUCCACCUCCAUUUUUCAGACAAAAGUUCCAUCAACAAACAGACAUUGAUACAGAGAUAGAGAAUGCUUAUAAAAGAGGGCUGACGAUGCCCAUGCCUUGGCUUGAAAAUAUGGGUAUGAAAGACGGAUCGAGCUCAAUCUUCCCUGGGUUGAGUCUGGCCCAGUGGAUGAGUAUGCAGCAGAAUCAUCAUGGGUUCCAAACAUCUAAUAUACAACCAGUUUCUUCAAAUUCUAUAAGCUUUGAAGAUCCCUCCAAGCUAUUAAGUUUUCAAUCCCCUCCUAACCCUAACUCCAACAAACCGAACCAAAGGAACCAACUUGUCACUCCCCUGCAACAACUUUCUCCACCGUGGCCCCAACAUCAGCAGCAGCAGCAACUGCAUCAUCAACAACAAAAUUAUGUAUACAAUCAGCUACACCAACAACAGAAACCACAAUCACAACAAAAUUCAGGAAGCACACAAACCCAGCAGCAAAUCAGUGGUUUAGCCAAUAGGAGUACGUUGCAACCUUUAUCCAUCUCACAACAUCAAAUUGAACAACAGCAGCAGCAACAGACACAGUUGCAACAAUCUCAAUCACACUUGCUACAACAGAUUUCAGGAAGCACACAAACACAGCAGCAAAUUAGUGGUUUAGCCAACAGGACUUUGUUGCAGCCUUUAUCCAUCUCACAGCAGCAGCAACAACAACAACAACAACAACAACAGACACAGUUACAACAAUCCGCAUCGAACUUGCUACAACAACAGCAAACACUGCAGAUGUUGCAAAAUUUGCAACAACAGCAACAGCAGUUGUUCUCACCAGUAGAGCCUCUACAACAACAGGUACUUCAGCAACUGAAACAACAACAACAACAACAACAACUUAGUGGCAACAGCUUGUCGACAUCAUCACUUAUGCAAACAAACCAACAACAGAGUCAAUACAAACCGCUAAGAGUUCAUCAUCCUUCUGGUGAUGGUGAUGUUCCCUCGUGUUCCACGUCUCCUUCGACAAAUAACUGUCAACUAACUGCAUCGAACUUCCGGAUCAAGAACCAACAGGGACUAUCUGCCCUAGGGGACUAUUCCAUGCUUGAUCACCCUUCUAAAUUUCUUCAUGAAUUACAAAGUCAAAGUACAUGUGAUAUAAGAGUCAAACAUGAGUUAUCUAACUUGAAAUUACCAGAUCAAAGUAAAGACAAAGCCGUUGCUACUGAACCUACCACAUCCGUAACAUCAUACUGUUUGGAUGCUGGUGUUGGUAGCCUUCCACACAACUACAACAUCCCAAACUUGUGUCUGGAAGGUGAUGUAGUUGCUCACUCACAAACUAGGAGUGAUCUCUCUUUUGGGGCUCAUAUUGAUGGCCUGCCACCUGAUGCUUUGCUGUCGAGGGGUUUUGAUUCUCAUAACAUGAUGCCAAAUUACGUUAAUGGCGGGUCUAGAGAUAUCGAGACAGAGUUGUCAGUUGCUGAGAUAAGUCCACAGUCAUUUGGGAUGCCUGAUAUGCCUUUCAAACCAAACGAAAAUAUUUCUCCUGCUGCCAAGGAUACCAGUGUUGUCGGAAAUGGGUUGUGGGGUAAUGAUCAGACUCAGCAGCAACAGCAACAGCAGCAGCAGCAGCAGCGCAUGAGAACAUACACAAAGGUCCAAAAACGUGGGUCAGUAGGAAGAACUAUUGAUGUUACACGUUACAAGGGGUAUGAGGAGCUGAGGCAUGAUCUGGCUCGAAUGUUUGGCAUCGAAGGUGAACUAGAAGACGCGCAGUGGAAACUUGUGUAUGUUGAUCAUGAGAAUGACAUAUUGCUGGUUGGUGAUGACCCAUGGGAGGAAUUUGUGAGCUGCGUGCAAAGCAUAAAGAUUCUAUCGUAUUCAGAAGUACAGAAGAUGAGGUUGGAAGGUGAUUUAGGGGUGGCUUCCAGCGGGACUGACAGCGGGAACAUGUGGAGGGGGGCAUAUGAUGAUAACUCAGCUGCUGCAUCUUUCAACAGGUAAAGAAAAGAAGAGGUCGGUCCGUCCGUCUGAUAUAGUUUUAUUUUAGUGUAAAGAGGAGGAAAGUGUAUACAAUAGAAUAGGAGGGAGGGAGGGAGGGAGUUGGUGUUUGUAAUUUGUAAAUGUUUAGGAGGUGUUAUUGAUAUAUUGUUCAAAGCAAGUGUAGGAAUCGCGUACUUGCAGUGUGUUGACAUUUAUUAAUUAAU